UCCAUCGGUUGUUCCGUUCCCUUGAGCAGUCAGAUGACAUCUCGGCGUCUGGGGCAUCGCCCGUAGUUGGCGGAUAAAAGCGCCUGAAACGUCUUCAUGGAGUGCGGCCCCUGUGGCCCCUACUGAAGUUCACGCAUUAACAGCGCAGGAGUCCCCCGUCUGCAGUGCGUCGCGACAGCGCCAGCAACGCCGGCUUGGAAAGAGCGGCGUGGUUACGACGAGUGUCGCCGACGUAAGUCAUGGAGCGGGGUGGCAAGCGUGGUGGCGGCAAGCGUGGUGGCGGCCCAGGGCGAGGCCCAGCACGGGGCCGAGGACGUGGCCGCGAUGAUCAGCCUGGACAAGAACCUCCUCGGCCUGGGGAGGGCCAGGACGUGUCAUUCAUGCAGUCUAUGCAGCAGCGCGCUGCCCAGGCCGCACAGCAGCAGCCCCAGGCCCCACAGCAGCAGCAGCCCCAGGCCGCACAGCAGCAGCAGCCCCAGGCCACACAGCCCCAGCCCCAGGCACAACGUGGCGGUGGUGUCCAACGGCGGGGUGGAAAGCGAGCACCUGCUGCUGCCCAACAAAUGGCACCAGGUGCUGUGGCAGCUGGGGAGCCCCUUGACAUGGGGGCUGUACAGAAGGCCUUGCCCCCUGUCCCCGAGAUGGCAGUUGUUCCAAAGCGAACAGCUUUUCCGCAGCGGCCAAAGCAUGGCCAGUUGGGCAGAGCGAUCCAACUUGUGGCCAAUCAUUUUGAGAUUGAGCUACCACAUGGCGAUGUCUACCAUUACGACGUGGCAAUCGUCUCGCCUUCAAAGAAGGAAGAGGCCAAGGCCCCAGACCAAAAGAAAAUGCGGUGCCUCAGCACCCGCAUCAAUCGUCUAGUCAUUCAGAACCUCGUGGCUAAGUACCGAGGAGAGCUGAAUAAGUGCCUCCCGGCAUUCGAUGGCCGGAAAAACCUGUACACACGGAAGCCACUGCCGUUCAAAGAGCGCACAUUCAAGGUUCCUUUCCAGGAAGGUGACCGGGAGCAAGAGUUCAUUGUCACGGUCCAGUAUGCUGCCACAGUCAGUCUGGAUGCACUGCAUGCAGUUUACGACAGGCAUGUGCGCACUGUUCCGCAGGAAGUUAUCCAGGCACUUGACAUAAUAAUGAGGCACGGUCCAUGCGUCACCCUCACGCCCGUGGGGCGUUCCAUCUUUAUGCCGCCAGCACCGGGCGACAACAGUGAACUUGGAGGUGGCCACGAGGUGUGGUUUGGCUACUACACCAGCGUUCGGCCUGCCCAGUGGAAGCCAAUGCUGAACAUUGAUCGGUCUGCGACUGCUUUUUAUGAAGCCAUUCCGGUCAUCGAGUUCAUGUGCAAAUUGCUGUCGGAGGGCCCUGCCGGAGCGCCCUAUCAGAGGCCAGAAAACUUCAGGAGGCUCACUGCAUCGCAGUGCAUAAAGCUUUCUAAAGAACUGAAGGAUCUGAGAGUCAGGGUUCUCCACUUGAGCUACCCUCGAAAAUACAAAGUCGCAAAGGUCACUCAGCUGUCAGCGCAGGAGCUGAACUUCAACCUAGAUGCGGGCACGAAAACUAAUGUGGCGGAGUACUUCCGCCAGAAGUAUCCCAAAUACAUGCGCUACCCGAACUUGCCCUGCAUUCAAGCUGGCACUCCAAACCGCCCAGUCUACUUGCCACUGGAGGCCUGCCACAUUGUGGAAGGUCAGCCGUACCGGAAGAAACUGAGCGAGUCCAUGACGACCGAGAUGAUCCGGCGCACAGCACAACCGCCAGCACAGCGGUUCAGGUCCAUCAUGAGCUCAGUAAGAGAUGUCGUCGACAAGAGCCGGCCGUACCUGGAUGAGUUUGGCAUCAAAGUGAGCACCAAUCCAACGCAGCUCAAGGGGCGGGUGCUGGACCCACCGUCCCUCACGUUUGGUGGUGAGCAGACACUACGGCCACGUGAUGGUGUGUGGGAUCUGCGUAACAGCCGGCUGCUGGCUGCCAAGGCCAUUGAUAAGUGGGCACUGCUGGGCGUCAACUGCCGCCUGGACCCAGGGGCCAUCAAUAAUAUGGUGCACCUAUUCAAGGAUAUUGGUGGUAAACUUGGCAUGAUGGUUAAGGAUCCUCUUUUUGCCAGGAGUGAGCCGACCGGCAGGACGCCUAUUGUCAAAGUUCUGAAGGAACUAAAGGAUAACAAAGUUGAGCUCGUCAUUAUUGUGCUUGGGCGCCAGGCAUCCUAUGCUGAUAUCAAGGAGGCGGCUGAGGUGAAGCUUGGCAUUCGCACGCAGUGCAUAAAAGAAUUCAACAUGACACGAAAGUGCAAUCCAGCACUUAUUACGAACCUCUGCUUGAAGAUCAAUGCCAAGCUAGGUGGCACCAAUAACGGUCUUCUCAGCCAGGAAAAGCCUGCCAUCUUCAAGGAGCCAGUCAUCAUCAUUGGGGCUGAUGUCACACACCCGGCACCAGGGGAUCGGGUGAAGCCAUCCAUUGCUGCCUGUGUCGGAAGCAUGGACUCCAUUCCAUCACGGUACCAGGCCUCCAUUCGUGUACAGAUCCAGAAGGAAGAAGCGGUCGCCCGCGUAGAGAUCAUUGAAGACCUAAAGGAUAUGAUCAAGGAGCUGUUGAAGGCCUUCUACCUAGAGACACGCCACAAGCCCGUAAGGAUCAUAUUCUACCGGGAUGGAGUCAGCGAAGGCCAGUUUGGCAUCGUGCGUGACCAGGAGCUAUCUGCUAUACGGCAAGCCUGUCUGGAGCUCAGCCCAGAUGGCUCGUACAAGCCUCCCGUCACUUUCAUCGUUGUCCAGAAGCGUCAUCACACUCGCUUCAUGCCUGCGAAUGAACGUGAUGGUGUGGGUCGUGCAAAAAACAUUCCACCAGGUACAACUGUGGAUACUGUAGUGACACACCCUGUGGACUUCGACUUUUUUCUUUGUAGCCACGCUGGCAUUCAGGGCACAAGCAAGCCAGCACAUUACUACGUCGUCCAUGACGAUGCGAAUUUUACUUCAGAUGACUUGCAAAAAUUAAGCUAUUAUUUGUGCCACACAUACGCACGCUGUGCCCGAAGUGUGAGCAUUCCAGCACCAGUCUACUAUGCUCACCUUGCUGCUUUCCGUGCAAAAGAGCACAUUGCUAGUGCUUGCAACAUCUCAAGCGGAAGCAGCGUAAGCUCAGCUGGUUCAGACAGUGUAUCAACUGAACAGUAUGUGAGCGCUGUUAAAGUAACUGAAGCAAUGCAGAAGCACAUGUACUUUGUGUAACUUCUGUGUAUGCAAAGAGCUGCUUUUAUGUCAUGUUUUUAAAGAUCAAUAAAUGCUUUUAAUGUGCUGCAA